UAUUAAGGUGAUGUAUUACCAGUAGGAUUUGGAUGAGAGAUGACAUUGGUACUCCACCUGCUGUCAGGUAGGCGACAGAAGGGAUUUUGGUGUCAGCAUGACUGAUGCUGGUAUUUCAUUCAGAAGCCUCCGCAAUAUAUAUAUAAAUACUUCGCUCAUUAGGGAGACGACAGAUGUUUGCUAAUUGGGAUCAUCCUGAAACUGGGGCGGUUACUGGGCUACUCUUCUCUGUAUGUGCGUAAACCAGCAUUACGGUUGUCUUGAGAGUUGGAACGCUGACAAUAAUCCGUCCGUCCUCACAGGCGCACCACAUCUGGAGGAAUGAAAUAAGACAGAAUCAUUGAAUAAUCCUCUGGCAGGCACUUUAAAUUCUUCGCUAUAUUCAGCAGAGGUAAUUGCUGACAAUGUAAGAAGCUUUUUCCAUUACGGGGAAAGCUGACAGACAGAAGUAUAUUUUCAUGCCUGCAGAACCAGCUUGUACACACAUUUUGCGUGCUGCCUGAUUUGAUUAAGAUUGAUCUGUCCUCCACAGCUGUAUCCUUGGCUCUGGGUUUUUCCAUGCGUGUUUUUGACCAUUUGAGAGGAGAGAUUAAAGAUGCUCCCAUCUCAUCUCCCUAGCUAAACACACACACACAUUGACGCACACACGCUCACACACUCCCCUCGUGGACUGCAACGUCACUGAGCGAGGGGACUUUGAGCUCAUUAAGUAGAGGGCUGUGAUAUUCUGAAUCGAGACUGUGGGACUCCCAACCGGCCUAUUUAUAGAAAGCACAUCUCCAUGGCAGUCAUCUCUGCGCUAGCAAAUCGCAGCCGUGGCCCCAGACACCAAUUAAGAAUGAAACAAAUGCCUUUUAGACAGGGCGUGUCCCUCCUUGUCUCCUGCUGGCCCGUACUGCCUUCUGCUCUGGGAGCGGAUCCUCCCUCUGCCUCUUCCUGAGGCUGCGUGGGGCAUCGGGAGGACAGCACGCAGAGAACUGGCGAAGACUUGCUGCGGUGCUGGAUAUUUUUAAAUGCACCCCCCUCCAUCCCCCUUACCCCAGCCCUACCUCUCCUCUUCUCCUUCUCCUUAGGAAAGUGCGAGUAAUGGGUAUCUUUUUUGUUGUUGUGUAUGCAUGUUCCCCUGUCUGAUCGUAUGUGUCGGGAUGCCGUUGGAUGCAAUGAAUCACAGCGACUCAUAGAGGGACUUCGGAGAGUUCCAACAGGUUAGAAGAGUGAUGACCAUCCUGUUUGUUACUAUGGUUAUUUCAUACAUCAGUUGCAUGAGAGCUGCGCCCGUGAGAGAGAUCCCGGGCCUGCAGGGGGGCCUCUGGGCCGAGAGCUACCUGGACGCUGCUGCUGCCUCCGCUGCUGCCGUCACCUCAGGCAGCCGAGGCCACGGGACUCCACAGAGUGGGGGCGGGCUGCCCUCGCUCACGGACACUUUCGAGCAGGUGAUUGAGGAGUUGCUUGAGGGAGAAGGGGAGGCGACGCAGCAACUGGGGCCCGGGGCUGACCAGGGCCAAGGAGGGGGCGGUCCCGUAGCCACGGCAGACUCGAAGGACGUUGACCUGUACGCCUCGCGGGUGAUGAUCAGCAACCAAGUGCCUUUGGAGCCGCCGUUACUCUUUCUCUUGGAGGAAUACAAAAACUACCUGGACGCCGCCAACAUGUCGAUGCGCGUGCGGCGGCACUCGGACCCCGCACGACGAGGGGAGCUCAGCGUUUGUGACAGUAUUAGCCAGUGGGUGACGGCUGUGGACAAAAAGACGGCCAUAGACAUGUCGGGCCAGACAGUCACCGUCCUGGAGAAGGUCCCUGUGACUAACGGUCAGCUGAAGCAAUACUUUUACGAGACCAAAUGCAACCCCUUGGGGUACACAAAGGAGGGCUGCCGAGGAAUAGACAAGCGGCACUAUAACUCGCAAUGCCGGACAACCCAGUCUUACGUGCGAGCCCUUACCAUGGAUAGCAAAAGGAAGAUCGGCUGGCGGUUUAUACGGAUAGACACUUCGUGUGUAUGCACAUUGACCAUUAAAAGGGGCAGAUAGUGUACACAAUGUAUAGAUUUUAUUGAAAGUUCUAAAAAAGAGAGAGAAAAGAGAAAAUAUCUAUUUGUAUAUAUACAUAACAGGGUAAAUUAUUCCGUCAGAUGAAAAUUUUAUGGACUGCAUGUAAAAAAGAUGAAGUUUAUACAGUAAAAGUGAUACUACAGUCUAUUUAUUGAACAUAUUCAUGACCUUGUAAACAAUUAAAAAAAGAUCUGAUCAGUCAUUUGCGCCCAGUUCAAAUUACUAUAUCACAUUCCUCGAGACAUUGUGUUUUUUACGUUGCCAAGAUUUUGAGAGAUGAGGAGAGGAGGGGGUGAGGAAGAAUUACAUUCAAGAAAAGAAAAAAAAAAGAAAAAAAAGAAAAAAAAACUUGCAUGCUGCUUCAAUUGUGAAUUCAGAAACUGUCCACUUUGGGAAAACAAGGAAACGAUUUCCGACCAAAACAUUCCGUUUACAUUCUCAACCGUAACAGGAUUUCCUCCUCUCAGUACUCUGUCUGUUUACUAUCCUCAACUUCUCAAGGUAAUGUUGGAAAUACAUACUAUGUCAAGGUGCUGUUGUCAAAGCUUUGCUGUUUAUUUUUUUAUCCCCACAAGAUGAAAAAAGUAUAUAUAAAAUAUAUAUAAAAAUUUAUUCAUUGAAA